AUGCCUCCUUCUAAGCCAGCCCCAUCGCAGCCAGAUCCAAUGGAUACUCUCGGCCCUAUACAUAGACUUCGCCCGGAACUAGUCAUCAUUUUUCGAUCGUGGGGAAAGAAGAAUCCCCUCACGAAGGGACAGGCCCUGGAAGAACUUAAAUCAAAAUGGAUCGAUGAAAGUUCAAGGAAGGGGGAUGAGAGCGUAGAAUGCGAUGCACUUGUCAUGAUGCUACUAGUUUGGGUGGCUCCUGUAUUCUUUGUACAUGUGCGCCGGAUCCGCCUUUUGGCUGCUGCACCGCAUGCACCUUGGAUUCCGGACCCUGAAAUCCAUGGUCUUUGGCAUGGGCAACCUUCAGCACGUCAGGUCACAUGGGCAUUAUUAUCUGUGCUGCCAUGA